AUGGCUACCCCUUCUACAUCCCCCGAUACUUCUUCAACGAGUACAGCUAAAAAAUACAACCUUCGCAACCCGCUUCCACUCUCAGCCCCCCAAGAACAAGAAGUGAAACUGAUGUACUACAAGCGAGUACGCUCCCAUUGCGCCCCGGAGAUUAAAGCAUUUGCUGAGUGCGCUGUCAACCGCACUGUCACUGCGACAUGGAUCUGCCGCCAGCAGCGCCUCGCAAUGAAUUCAUGCAUGCUUGCCCACGCGAAGCCAGAAGAAGAGGACCGUGCACGCGAAGAGUGGUUCGCAUCGUAUGAGGAACGACGACGCGCAAAGGAAGCGGAUCUUGCGCGUGUUGAGGAAAGACGUGCGGAAGUCAUUCGCAUGAUGCGCGACGAUGAAGCACGGAGACGAGCGGAAGGUAAAUGA